UCCGAACACGCCCAAAACACAAACCCUAGGCACAAAAAAUCCCCAACCCCAGCUAUCAUAGUUGGUUUCACACGCAAAACCAAAAGAGAACAAAACGAGAAGAAGAUAACAGAAAUUGGGAGAAGAGAACCACCACCCAAACCCUAGAGCCCGGUCUCAACGAUUUUAUUUGUUCGAUUGAUUGAGGUUAAAGUGAUUAAUUUGGAGAGAGGGAGGGUUGAAGGGAUCAGAUGGGAAAGAAGAAGAAGAGAGCGGCAUUGAAAGAGGUAUGGUGCUAUUACUGCGACAGAGAGUUCGACGACGAAAAGAUACUUGUUCAGCACCAGAAAGCCAAACACUUCAAGUGCCAUGUCUGCCACAAAAAGCUCUCCACUGCCGGCGGCAUGGUCAUUCACGUCCUCCAGGUUCACAAGGAAUCCGUCCCUAAGGUGCCCAAUGCAAAACCAGGUAGAGAAUCAACUGACAUUGAAAUAUAUGGAAUGCAAGGUAUCCCACCUGACGUUUUGGCAGCCCACUAUGGGGAGGAAGAAGAUGAUGCCCCAUCAAAAAUGCCCAAAGUGGAGUUUCCUUCUUCUGUCUUACCAGGAUCCUUGGGCAUUCAGUACCCCUCUCAGCCUACUUUAGGCACAAUGCAACCAGUUUACAAUCCUGCAGUACCUCCUGCUGGUUGGCCAGUUCCUCCUCGUCCCCAACCUUGGUUCCCACAGCGUCCACCUGUUUCAGUUCCUCCUGCUCCAAUGGGAUUGAUACAACAGCCUCUGUUUCCUAUACAGAAUGUGAGGCCAUCUGUGUCAUCCACUACGUCACCAGCAUUUCCACCAUCUUUGCCUCUUGCACCUCCUGGUUUGACCCCAGCUACGCCUGUUGCUGUAUCUCAACCACUUUUUCCUGUUGUUGCCAAUAACAACAAUAUCCCAACUCAAAGUACGCCAUUUCCCACGCCGAUGCUUCCGACAAGUAUUCAAUCAAGCUCUCCCGUAGAAUUGAAAAUCUCAAUUGACGGCAACAGUGCUUCUGCAGCAAGUAACUAUCACCCACUUGGCAUUCAAGGUGCAACACCAGUCAAUUCACAUUCUUAUGCUUCUGGUCCAAAUACUGGUGGUCCAUCAAUUGGACCGCCUCCUGUAAUUGCAAACAAAGCUCCCCAGCUUGCCACAAAUGAAGUCUAUUUAGUUUGGGAUGACGAGGCUAUGUCGAUGGAGGAAAGAAGAAUGUCCUUGCAGAAGUAUCAGGUGCAUGAUGAGACUAGCCAGAUGAGCUCAAUUGAUGCAGCUAUUGACAAAAGGAUUUCUGCAAGUAGGCUUGCUGGUCGUAUGACUUUCUAGAUUGGCUGCUGUCUAUUUCCCCACGGUUCGCCUAUAUCGGGAACUACUGAAACGAGCUAGUUGGAAGUUUUGGCCCUUCAAUUAAGUGCUAAUUGGGCAGGAUUUUACGCAUUUUCCUCGGCUAUAAUGGAUGAGGCAGCUGGGGCCACGACAGAUAUUUCUUUGAUGAUCUGAAUUAUUUGAUUUUAAGUCCUAAUGUAGAUUGUUCAAAAAGAUUCCGUUAACAGGAUUACCGUGAAUUCUACUGGGACAAAUUGUUUAGUGUUGAAAUUGUAGCUUCGAAGUUAAGAGAACAUUUGAGACUCCUAAUAGUAAGUCAAUUAACUAACUAGGAGUAACAUUUUGUGUUUAAAAACAAGGGGAAAAAGUUUCUAGCGGUAUUUACUAUUCUCAAACUCCAA